CAAAAUAGUUUAAUUGGUUUAUUAUAUAUAUAUUUAAAGUUAUUCUAGAGUGAUGGAUUGAAAACUAUUACUCUUCCAAGAAAAAGAAAAAGAAAAAGAAAAAAAAAAUCAGAUGAAAUCACAAAGUAAUGUAUUGUGCUUUUCCUAGAUUAUAUGGUUUCAGGGACAAAGAGCCAAGGACCUCAUGGAAACAAUUCUAAAUAAUAGAUGGAAGUACCUGUACGCCAUGAUUACUGUAGCCCAAGCCUGACUGAUAAUUCCAAGCCCAUGUUGAAUAGAAAGGACAGUGUCAAAACAAACUCACUCAAAUUAGUUAAUCUCACCAUCAACAGAUUCAAUUUUAAUGCCACUGCCUCUGCCUCUGCCUGAGCUUCUAACAUACUUUUUUCCCAUCUGUUAGGAAAAUUGACACCCGAAGCUGCCUCCAGUCGAGCCCUUUCUUUCUUUUCUAAUAUUGCCUAAUUGUCUUGUGUGUGCCUUCGUUACAUCAAAAGAAUGUAAAUAAAAUAAUUAACUAAAGCUUAAAACUUUAAACUUUAAACAAAGUUAAAGGCUGUCUAACACUUUAUAUAAUAGGGGUUCCAUGUUCUUGGUUUUCUUUAGAACAACAUGAAAAAGAAAGAAAUAAGUUCUUGCACACCGUUUGGUCCCUUUCUGAUAGUUUUGAUUAACGUUUGUACAUUUAUGUUUACUGGUUUUGUGUGUGUACAAGGAUCAUUUGACUCCCUUCUCCAGCUCCCACAAUCUCGGUUGUCGGCAAGAACCCGACUCAGAUCCAAAAGGGUCUUCUUUGUUAGCGAUUUUGGUGCUAUAGGAGAUGGUGCCGCUAAUGAUACUCAGGCUUUUAAGGAAGCUUGGGAAAUGGCUUGUUCUUUCCCAUCAAGAACCAGAAUUGUAAUUCCAGCUGGAUAUACUCUUCUUGUUCAUCCUGUUGAUUUGGGUGGGCCUUGUAAAUCAAAACUUACUCUCAUUAUAUCUGGUACUAUUGUUGCUCCCAAAGAUCCUGCUUUUUGGAAAGGUUCAAAUCCUCGAAAAUGGCUAUACUUCCAUGGAGUAAACCAUCUUACAAUAGAUGGGGGAGGCACAAUCAACGGUAUGGGACAUAGAUGGUGGGCUCAGUCUUGCAAGAUCAACCCAAAUAACCCGUGUCGACAUGCUCCUACGGCCAUGACUUUCCACAAAUGCAAGGACUUGAAAAUCAUGAACCUAAGGGUGGUCUAUGGUCAACAAAUGCAUUUAUCAUUCACCAAUUGCAUCAGGGUUACGGCAUUCCAUCUUGUGGUGACAUCACCUGCUUUUAGUCCCAAUACUGAUGGGAUUCAUAUUAGUGCAUCCCGCCAUGUUGAGAUAAGAGAUAGCAUUGUAAGGACAGGAGAUGACUGCAUCUCUAUAGUCGGCAACUCGUCACGAAUUAAAAUCAGGAAAAUUGCCUGUGGUCCAGGCCAUGGCAUAAGCAUUGGAAGCUUGGGAAAAUAUGACUCGUCUUCAAAGGUGCAUGAUAUAUUGAUUGAUGGGGCAUUCCUGUCCAACACUGACAAUGGACUCCGGAUCAAAACAUGGCAGGGAGGUAGUGGUAAUGCAACUGAGAUCAAGUUCCAGAAUGUGUUCAUGAAAAAUGUAUCAAAUCCAAUUAUCAUAGAUCAAUACUAUUGUGAUUCUCAAAUUCCGUGUGCUAACCAGAGUUCAGCUGUUAAAGUGGCCAAUAUAUCCUUCAUCCACAUCAAGGGAACUUCAGCUACAGAGCAUGCUAUUAGAUUUGCUUGCAGUGAUAGUUCACCGUGUGAAGGGUUAUAUUUAGAAGAUGUUCAACUGUUGUCUCACAAUGGAGAAAUCUUAAAAUCUUUUUGUUGGGAAGCCUAUGGCUCGAGUGUGGAUCCAGUCAAUCCACCUCCUUGCUUCUCGUACAGCCAAAGCUUCAUUAAGCAGAAAGUUCAAUCAGAAUCCUUUACAUUUUUCUGAAGACAGGCUGCAUCAAGCAGUAGAGGAUUAUGAUCAGCGACUUUUGUGGAGUUCAAUUCGUUGUCAAUGAGAUCAAGGCAUUCCAGAUUCUGUAUCACGAAUCGUGUAGAAAUGUUUCUGUUUUUUAUAAUAACUGUAAAUGCCUCCUUUUUAAAAAAAAAUAAUUAUUAUUAUUGUUUUAGAUUAUAGAGAGUUUCGUACAGGAAAUAAUCUGUAAACAGUAGAAACAUGAAGCAGAAGUUGGCAAAGUCCCAACUUGAAAAUGAAGUACUUUCACUAAACUCGGCCUCUUUUGCUUCUUGCUUAUAUGCUGAUGGCUGCAUAGUUGAUGUUUUACAGCCUAUAUAUACUGCAGUACUAUAAGUACUAUUUAGAAGUGGAUCUAUUUUCCUUUGA